AUGCUAACGCCUCCCAUUACACCGAAAACCUCGUCCGGCACAUCUUCUCCGCCUGCCGACCUCACGCGUCCACAACAAUCAUCGACGUGGGAGAUUGAGCCUGGAAUGAUCUCCCGCCCAAGGCCUCAGCCAUGCCGCCACCGACACGGGGCCCUGCUCCGCGUGGUAAUCCUAGGCUUCGCCUCGACGAACAUAGUGGAAAUUAACUCCGUGCAGAACCUCAUUGGCGUGCGCAAGCCACUAGAUUGGUACGUCGCACCCGACAUGGGAGAAUGGCGGUUGGCCCCUAUCGGGUCUCGCUGUGGGAAGCGUGCCUUGACCACCGCUGGAUUUGGAUUCCACAGUGACACAGAAAGAGGUAUGAUAGUAAAAAGAAAGUCGGAUGGGCUCCUGUAUUCGCAGUUGCCAGUAUUGAAGAGACAGUAGUCGUUUAUGAAAGAGCCUAGGAGAAGAAGGGCUUUGACGAGGAGGGUGGGAGACCGCUUAAUUGGAGCCGAGGAGGAUGGGGUCAGAAGGAUUGGAAUACCAACUAGUGCUGGUAACGGAGGAUCCUCGUCGUCGUUGGUGGGAUUAAUAGGCUGUUUUUCCAUGUUGAUAUUGAUGAAGCUUUGA